AUGGACAGCUCUAGCUUUGCCACUUUUCCCUUGCUGGGUCUUGGCGACAUGAGGUUUGAGAUCUUCCAGAUUGGGGACAACAUGGACAAAGUGACCAUACAAGAGAGCAUCCAAAGCCAUGACACGAACCAGGCACCAAGAUCCAGGUCCCAGGGCCCACAGACGAUAGUGGGAGCGGCAGCGGAACUGGCAGCGCAACCGGCAGCGGGACUGGUAGCGGAACUGGUAGCGGGACUGGCAGUGGAACUGGCAGUGGCAGCGGCAGUGGAGGCCAAAGUGGAGACGGAGAUGGUUAUGGAGACGAUGCAAGUGGUGAUGAUGGUGAUGGAGACGGUUCUGGGAGCGGCAGUGGCAGCGGCAGUGGCAGCAGCAGCGGCAGCGGCAGCAGCAGCGGCAGCGGCAGCGGCAGCGGCAGCGGCAGCAGCAGUGGCAGCGGCAGCAGCAGUGGAAGCGGCAGUGGAGGCGGCGACUCUGGGAGUGGAGGUGGCAGGAUCAGCAACCAAGCAGGGCCUAGGUUCCCAAUUCGCAAGUGGCGCCAAAGUCUUCAGCUUUGAGCUCUUGCCGUUGACGUGGGCCCGCGGGAGUCUCGACCUCCAACUGCGACUUCCGUCCACCGCCAGUCGCAGUGACGACCUGCAAGUGAAUUGGAGCACCAUGAGCCCGUCGUGGAAGGUAUUUUGUGCCCGGUAUGGAUAUACUAAGCUCUGCCUUCCACCGGACGAUGGAGUCACCUACCACGUGAGGGCAGAGUUCAUUGCCUCAGCCUCGCAGCAGCUGCGCCUUCAAUUGUUUCGACCGGACAAGCCACCGGUGCCUCCGGACGAUGACACGCGAGGCUACCGGCUGCUGCAUGAAGUCGAGCACCCGAUUCACGAAGGAACCCACUCGAUUGACUUGCCCUUCCAUUUCUACCCAGGAGAUUGCAUGGGCUGGCAGUCACGGGACCACGGCGUGAUCGGCUUUGAUGAGGACGAAAGAGGUUCCUCAGUGCUUUUGCUUCUACCCGGGGCUGCUCUUCACAUCGGCGAGCGGCUUGCGAGAGAAGCCUUCGCAGGUCCCGUGUCACGGCGGUAUGCGAUGAGCCUCGAAGCCACGGCUCAACCAGCGGACGAGGGCAUGGCAACAGCGACCAGCUGCGCGAUGGAGGAGGAGCAUUGGGGCCUGUCCACCUCAUCGGGAACUCAGCAGUUGCCUCCAGGUGAUGGCUUCUGGUCCCUGGGAAAUCGCCGACUCUGCGAAUACCUUGAUCAGAAGUACGUGGCAGGACGUUUCGAGUUUCAUGGUGACCAGGCUCCCUUACAGUUCGGCCUGUGCCUCCCAAAGUGUGCGGACGCCGGGGCGGCGGCCCAGAAGCUCCUCGACACGUUGGCACCCGAGGCCAGCGCAUCUCUACGGCGCGCAGACCUUCGCCCAACUUCGUUGCCAGGUGCCUGGCCGCCGACUCUUGACCUAACGGUGUUGGCCCUGCUGGUUCCUGGCCUGGUGGGUGUGGUGGCAGAGGUCUCCAUGCGACUUGGGUUGCGGAGCCUCACUAUAGAAAGCCUGAAGGCCUGCUCCCCGCUUGAGGCGCUGAGCCCUUCACUCUGCCGCAGCCGUGUGGUCGCCAUGCGUCUCUGCUUGGCCCUCCUGGGCUUCAUCCACGUGCUCCUGAGCCUUGAUGCGUUUUGCGCACCGGGCCCGCCUCCAGGUUUGUGGCGCGAUGCGGACACCGUGCUGGGCUACGUCAGCACGCACUUGAUGUUCCUUCUCUCGGCCCAUCUCAUCGUCGCAAAGCCCGUGCAAGGACCGGUGGAUGCCCUGGCCCGUCUGGGACGCAAGUGGCUGCGCGCGGCACCGGUGGGCUUGGCCCUGCGCCUGGCGAGCUGCGGCUGCACUCCGCUCAGGGGCCGCGCUGCCGGACCAUGGGCUCGGCGCAGGGCGCUGGCGACCGAUUCCCUGGACAUCGACUGCCUUUCGCCACGCUGCACAGCUGGAAAGGCAUGCGUGCCACUCUUCGGCUGGAAGGACGCGCUGAUGGCCUUCCCGGAGGUUGCUGAUGUUGGCUGGUUUCUGGAGGCCGAUCUCACCCAUGGUGUCGUGUUGACUGCCCUGAAUGCCCUGGAGAGCUCUGGCCGGCCAGGCCGCUACGCAGCCACGCUUCUCACGGUAGCCUGGGGCAUCGAGUUGCUGCGAUGCCUGGCGUUUGGUCUCUCGUCUCCUCGGCAGGUGUUCGAGUGCCGUCGGCCUGCGGAAGGCCUGCAUUAUCUGGAGUCUCCACUCACCGAAGCCCUUCCACACUUCUGUCUGAACUUCGCCUUCGGCCCGUUCCUCGCCUGGAUCUGCCGCCAGUCCUCGCCUCUGCCGGCCCCCUUGGCGCUGGUGUGGCUGCUGCCUUGGAUCUUCGACUGCUCCAUGCUGAGGUCUUUGGGCCUCCCUGGCGCUUGCUACACCGGGGCGGGGCCGGAGGUGCUCCCAGAGGCGGACGAUGAGACGCGGGCUUGGAUGCAGGCAUGGAAUGCCGUUCGCUGGCUCAGCCUUGCUGGUCUUCACCUUUCCGUACUCCGGUGGCUUCAGCGCGAUUCCACCGAGACCAGAGGGUUCCUUUUCGUCUUGGACCGCCUUGCCUUCGGCACACUAACCACCAGCCCAUGGCUGCUUCGGCUGGCGCUGUUCUCCUGGCAAGCGACUUGCUUGGAGUUCUCCUGGUUCGUGUUUCUGGCAAUCGUCCUGGGUGGCCUGACGCUGACGAUCGCGGCUUCCUUCGUGCUGUACAUUGUGGUGCAGGCAUUUGGCUGGCCGGUGCUUGCAAGGAUGCCUCGGCAUGCACUGCCAGCUUUGGCUCAGGACCCCACCGUCGCGGAUGACGUUGACACAUCUCUGGGCCGGAAGAAGGGCACUCAGGAGGAGUUCGAAACCGACCAUGAUCGCGCCAAGAGAAUCAGAAGGGAGAGACGUGCCGCGAAGGAGAAGGAAAAGGACGAUCAGCAGAAGCAUGAUAUGAACAAGGCGAUUAGCUCCUUGCUGGGUGGAGGGAGCUCUGGCAACAAGCUGGACUUCUCCAGCGCGAACUUUCAGUCGUUCGGGCCAUCUGCAGGGCCCGCAGCCAGCCCAGCUUGA